AUGCCUCAUACAGAUACCGUCCCAGAGCUAUCCGAUUUCGAGAAACAGCGCGCAGCCAAUAUCGCAGAGCGCGAUGCGCUUUUGAAAAAACUUACUCAGGAAGCUCAAUCCUCUGGAUUAUUUACCAAAGGACCUUCUACUAAAUCCUCCAGGCUAUCCACACAGUCGACUAAGAAGAAAUCGACUCCACGCAUCAAGAAGGAGAAUGAGACACCCGUCCCACGAAGAACCUCAUCGCGACUUGCUGGAUUGACGGCCGAUAGCGAGAUUGCAAAACGAAAAGCUGAGGAGCAAUAUGAAGCUCAAAAGGCUGUUGUGCAGGCAAAAAGAAUGCGGGUUUCCGGGGAUCUUAAUGUAGGGGAUAUAAUUGUGGGAGGCCAGAAAUGGAAUGGGUCAUUGUUGUUUGGGGGGGAGGAUGCAGCUCCACCACGUUAUGUGCGGACCUUUGGCGAGGAAGAUAUCAAAAAAACGACAGAUAAGGAGUUAAAAUCUUUGAGGGAAAGGAUGAGUGGCUUGAAUCUUUGGGAGCCAUGGGAGCCGAAUAGGUUGAAAAUAACACCGGAAAGAAUAUAUUCAAUGGCCUUCCAUCCUACUGAGACUAAACCUUUAGUAUUCGCCGGUGAUAAGCUAGGAAACUUGGGCAUCUUUGAUGCUUCACAAACGCGCCCUGUUGCGGUGAAAACUGAAGGCGACGAAGACGAAGACGAAGACGAAGAUGAUCCUGAUCCUGAUCCCGAAAUCACGAUCAUAAAGCCUCACGCCAGGGUUAUUAGCGCUAUGUGCCUGCACCCUUCUACCCCAUCCAAACUUUACACAGCCAGCUACGACGGUUCCAUUCGAGCCUUGGAUCUUGAGAAAUCCGUCACCACCGAAGCCUACGCACCCGCCUCGAAGUCAGACGAAGAAGCAGUGUCCAGCAUAGACAUGGCGCCUGGUGACCCACACCUUCUAUACUUUACGACACUCGAGGGAUUUUUUUUCCGGCACGACACGCGAAUGUCGGGAAACGGGCAUCCAUUUUACGAUAAAAACACGAAGAGGAGCAGUACAGAUAUCUUUCAGCUGUCAGAGAAGAAAAUCGGUGGAUUCUCCCUCUGUCCCUCACAGCCACACCUUUUUGCAACUGCCAGCUUGGACCGCUUCAUGCGUCUAUGGGAUAUUCGGCAUCUGUCCAGGAAGAGCCCUGUCCCGAUUGGCGAGCAUGAGAGUAAGUUGUCCGUCUCGCAUGCGGCGUUCAACAGUGCGGGCCAGGUCGCUACCACUUCGUACGAUAAUACUGUUAAAAUCCACGAUUUCGGAACCAAGGGUUUCCGUUCAUGGAAACCAGGCCAUACGUUAAGCGAUGAUGACAUGAACCCUAUCACGACCCUCAGACAUAACUGUCAGACCGGACGAUGGGUUACCAUUCUCAAACCACAAUGGCAAGCCUCUCCACAAUCAAGCAGCAUACAACGCUUUUGCGUCGGAAAUAUGAACCGUUUCGUAGACAUCUACUCAGCCGCAGGUGACCAAUUGGCCCAGCUCGGGGGUGAAGGGCUAAUAACUGCUGUCCCUGCAGUUGCCGUAUUCCACCCUACUAUGGAUUGGGUUGUGGGUGGUACUGCGAGUGGCAAAGUUUGCCUGUGGAUGUAG